AUGAUGCCGCAUAUAGUAGUCCGACAGUUCAUGACUAUCAGCAAUGGCGCUGAGGGUUCUGGCGAUGGUGCUCAAAACUGCACCGUCUCCGUCAUAGACUUCGCAACUCCACCAUCCCCGAAGCCACCGAAUGCGAGCAACUCAGAUGCGGACCCCACUCCGCCGUCCGCAUCCUCCGAUGCUGGGCGGGCCGGACCGCACCGGAUCCCGGAUCUGUUGGUGGAUCGUGUCAUUGAACGCGCGGAGGAGACAACGUCCACCACCAGGACGAACCCUAGCAGAUCGCAUUUCGUUAAAGGAAAUGGCAUCUUCGUCGGCGGUGACAGCAGCCUCACGUUCUUCUCGGAAGCUCGACUGAAGUCUCUCUCUCAAUGCCUCGGCCACGAUAGAGUGAGCGAACUGGUUGCACGAAUAUCCAGCACCGUCCAACACCAUUUGAGAAGCGCUUCCAACUUCAGCACCGACCUGUCGGCCCGCCAUAAGCAACCACCCACAUGUCUAAACGACAGAGCCCGAGUGUUGCAAUGCAUAAAACGCAUAGUCUACUUUGAACGCGUUCACCCACGCUUCCCCUUCUUGGACCGCGCGGCAUUUGAAGCUACGGCGGCUGCGCAGGGUCAACCCAACACCGUACCUAGGAGCAAAUCAUGGACCUCGUUAUAUUACACAGUCCUCGCGCUCGGAAGCCAGUACGAUGGGGGAGGCAGUUUCGAGCCCGGCAGGGGAGAGUCGUGGGAACUCUUCUCGGCUGCCCUGGCGAACUUCACUGAUCUGAUGCUUCUACCAGACUCUCUCACCACGCUGCAGGCGCUCACAGCCAUGACAAUUUACUCUCUGGGGAUGUCUUCGAUUGGGCUCGAUCACAUUAUCAUAUCAGAGGCAGUGAGAAGAGCUCAAAACCUGGCGGAGGCGAGGUUCAGCAAUUAUGCAACACAGGCGUAUAGAAAGACCUUCUGGGUCCUGUAUGGCCUCGAAAAGGUCACCAGCUUUCACCAUGGCCGGAGCUCAGUGAGUAUUCGAAUCCACUUGUCUCCUCUGCAAUAUUUCCCUGGGCUGACGGCUAGAAAGGGUUUUAGCGACUGUGACAUUUCUUGCCCCAUUCCGAGCACGCCCGAAUCUUACUUUGGAGACUUCAACUGGUUUGUGGCCUUCAUUCGCUACGCUCGCCUCCUAUCUCGAGCCUAUACCUCACUUUUCUCCGUCGGCGUCUCAGACAAUACAGACGAAUACUUUCUGGACAUUGUGGACCAGUUGACCGAGGAAAUCGAGGACUGGAGAGCUGCUUUGCCAGAUAAUGGUUUCAGGCCAGGAGGUUCAAUCAAGCCUACAGGUCUGCCUGUUUCUUCCGAGACGCAGGCAGUAGCUCUUGUCAUGCACUUCUUCUACUACAGUUUUCUUCAGACCAUCUCGAGGAUGGCUCUUCGUCAUCUGCCGCCAUCAAACCAUGUUAGGAGAGAAACUGUCUUCAAAACGGUGGAGAAGACUUCUCGGUGUCUUCUGGAACUGACGUCGCUUAUUGAGGUGGCACCUUAUACGCCUAUGUGGAUGCUUGUAGGUAUUCCCGUCACGGGCUUCUUCGUCUUAUUCGAUCUUGUCAUCCAUAACCCCCGAGGGCAGCAAGUUGCAUCCAACCUCGCUUUGCUUGAUAUGGUCGUUGGUCACGCCAGCCAACUGGAAUAUGUGUCCCAGGGUGUCAUUCCAGGCUCGAUAAUUGGCGAGUUCGCACACAUCGCACGAACGUAUGUUGGCGAUGUCAACGGCCAGAGCAUAGCCGGCGGCGCAACGCAGCAGCCGCUUCCAGACACAGGACAGGCGCUUUUUUCUCAACCUCACUGGUCUCUGCCGCAUGAUGAUAUUGAGGAAUUUGCAGCCAUGGAUGUCGCUGCUGAUCUCUCGGAGAUGAAUCUAGCUGUGGGAUCAGGACCACCCGAAGUGGGAGGUCCCAUGGAUAUCGAAGGGCUCCCUAUGGGACCCAACACCUUCAUGGGAACUGACGUAAUGAACCUCUUUGGGUACUUUGUUCCCGACUGGGAACCCUUGGUCUACCCAGGACAUACAAGCCAACCCGACAUUUCUGCUUCGACUUAUCCAGAUGACCAGCUUGAUGCACAUCAGCCUUGA